AUACUGAGGGAUUAUAAGCUAGCCAAAAUACUGACAAAUGAUUUAGAUGCCAUGACCCUUUUGAUAUACAUAUAAAGAAAAUUUUCUCAAUUCAGCCAAAAAAUUAAAACCCUGUACACAGAUGUUCAUAGUACCUUUAUUCAUAAUAGCGAAAAACUGUAAUCAAUGUAAAUGUCCUUCAGUGGGUGAAUGUUUAAAUUGUGGUACAUCCAUACAACUGUUGAUGACUGCAACAACUUAGAUGGAUAGCAAGUGUAUUAUGCUGAGAGAUUUUUAAAAAAGCCAAUCUCAAAAGGUUGUAUACCAUAUGAUUCAAUUUAUAUAACAUUUUGUAAAUGACAGAACUAUAGAGAUGUAGAACAAAUUAGUAGUUGCCAAGAGAUAGGGGUAGGUGUGAGUGAGUGUGACUAUAAAGGCAUAGCACAAAGGGGUUCCUUGAUGGUAAUUGAAUGGUUCUGUAUCUUGAUUGUGGUGGUGGUUACAUGAAUCUUUACCUGGGGUAAAAUUGCAUAGAACCAAACACAGACACACAUGCACAAAUGAGUACGUAUAAAAACUGGUGACAUUUGAACAAGACUUGUAAUCUCAUUAAUAAUAUUGCACGGCUGUCCAUUUCCUGGUUUUGAUAUUCUGCUGAUUAGGUAAAAUUUUACUAUGUGGGGAGCUGAGGAGGAGGGCACACAACACUGUUCUAUUUUUGCAACUUCCUGUGAGUUUACAAUUCCUUCAAAAUAAAAAAAAGUAAUUAAUUUUAAAAAUCAUGUUCUCUCAUUCCCCCUACUCAUAUAUUGUUUCAACCAAGGACAAUGUGCAUCUUUCCAUUUAUCAUUUAUUUAGGUCUCAUCUCGAGCAUUCACCUUUCCUCAUUUAUCUUCAGGUUAUAGGUUAUGAAAUGAGUGACUCCAAUGAUGAUGAUAUCCCCCAGCUUUCUUCCCACACCUUAGCAGCUCUCCAGGAAUUUUAUGCUGGGCAGAAGCAACAAACUGACCCAGGAGGGGAUAAUAAAUACAGCAUUGGAAUAAUAGAAGAGAACUGGCAAUUGAGCCAGUUUUGGUAUAGUCAGGAAACUGCUUUUCGGCUUGCAGAGGAAGUGAUUGCAGUCGCUGGAGAAGGUGGCAGAAUAGCAUGUGUGAGUGCCCCCAGUGUUUACCAGAAACUGAGAGAGCUACACAGAGAAGACUUUUCUAUAUGCAUCUUUGAAUAUGACAAAAGAUUUGCUAUAUACGGAGAGGAGUUUAUCUUCUACAAUUACAAUAAUCCACUGGAUUUACCUGAGAAGAUUGCUGCACAUAGUUUUGAUGUUGUGAUAGCAGAUCCUCCUUAUCUUUCUGAGGAGUGUCUCAGAAAAAUGUCAGAAACCAUCAAGUAUCUGACUCAGGGCAAGAUUCUGCUGUGCACAGGUGCCAUCAUGGAAGAAGCAGCAGCAAAACUUCUUGGAGUGAAGAUGUGCAAGUUCAUUCCAAAACAUACCCGAAAUUUGGCAAAUGAGUUUCGCUGUUAUGUGAAUUAUGAUUCGGGGCUUGACUCUGAAAUCUAGCUACUUUCUCAUCAGUAGAUUGAAAAGUUAUAACCUACCCCCCCAAACUGGGGCCUAAUUUUCAAAAUAAAGAAGACAACAUCUCAUUAGUGUUUCUUUAUUGAGGGUUCCUGUAGAGCUUACAGUUCAUUUGUCAACCUGAAUCCAUGGAAUAAGAGUUGGCUGAAAUCUUAGAGCUCAUCUAAUCCUGUCUCCUUACUUGACGUAUGUAAAAAAAAGAAACACAAACAGUGACUUGGCAAAGACCUCCUGAAUUAGACCAGACCCUGGCUUCUGCAUCGGCAGCACAGUCUCUUAAAUGGGCUCAUUCUGACCGUCCAGGAGCAGCUGGUGCUUUCCCCAAGGAGACAUGGCUUGCUGCCGCCAUGAAAUAAUCCUGGGAACCGGCAUCAGGAGUGAUGACAGGGACGGAGCCCCAGUGCCCUCUGUUGUGGCUCAGCCUCAAUGUCCUCAACUCUGGCCACACCAAAUGCUCUGAGCUGCCACAUGAAAGCACCCUUUGUGACCAGCUCCAUUACACGAAGGGGUCAGGGAGUGUGGUAGUCAUCAAACACCCACACCAUGGCCUACUGCUUAGCAGUCGACAGGGGUGGACCAUGGCUACAUGCAACAACUUGGAUGGGUCUCAGAGCAUUAUGUUGGGUUGAAAAAGCCAAUCUCAAAAGGCCACAUACUGCCUGAUUCCAUUUAUGUAACAUUCUCAAAAUGACAGAAUUACAGAAACGGAGAACAGAUGAGUGGCUGGCAGAAGCUAGGGAUGGGAUGGGGGAUGGGAAGGCAGGUAUGAUCAUAAAAGGGAAUUCUUUGUGGUGAUGGAACAGUUCUAGGUCUUGAUUGUGGUGACAAAAUUGCAUGGAACCAUACACACAAAUAGGUAAAACUGGUAAAAUCUGAGUAAGGUCUGCGGUUUGUACGAACAUCAAGUUCCUGGUUGUGAUAUUGCACUACAGUUAUGUAACAUGGUACCACUGGGGGGACUGGAUAAAGGGUACACAAAACCUCUCUGUAGUACUUUUGCAAUUUCCUGUGGAUCUACAACUAUUUCAAAAUAAAAAGUUAAAAAAAUCACCCACUCUCUAGGAAAGGAUUAUACUUCCCUACCUCUGUGACUUGCUUUGGAAGACAAAAUGUGAAAGGGCAUGGCAUGUAUCACUUAAACCUGAGCCAUAUUUUCCCCCUGGCAUAAUGAGCAGCACACUUCCAGGCUGUCCAGGUCUUAGAGCCGGGCAGAGCCACAGCUAGCCUGCAGUGGAGGCACUGAGGGAGAGAGAAAGAAACCCUUGUGGUUCAAAGUCAGACUGGGAUCGAUACUGAGGGAUACAGAGAGGGAGGGGCUGUGGGAUCAAUAUACUGGGGGAUACAGAGAGGGAGAGACUGUGGGAUCGGUACUGAGAGAUACAGAGGAGAAAGAUGCAUCAGAUCAACUGCCACUCAUGAAUAGUGGUUCAAGUUGCCCGGCAUUAUCCUCUGGUUUGUUACUGUUGUUUCUCAGACCUCAGGUGUCAUGGAUAAUUUUUAGAUAAUUUACUCUCAAAAAUCCCUUUGUGUUUUUAUGAGGCAUUGGUAUUUGUAUCAGUGCACCUAGCAUGAACAGCAGCAUACCAGCCCCUGACACAUUACAUAUUCAAUAAAUUUUUGUUUUAAAAAAAGACCCCAGUUUAUUAUUUCCUUAUGAACUGGUUUGCUAAAAAUUACCUAGGGCAGUAUCAAAUUUUAGUGACAAAUCAUGUAUAGAAAUGUAAUGUUUAAUUUAGGAAUUCUGGGAGAGUAACAGUCUAGAAAUAACAGAAUUUUAGCUGUCCUAUAAAUCUAGCAUUUAGAUGAAGAAACCGUAUUGUUCUGUGGCAGGGGGCAGGGGAUGAGGAAACGAAGGGGUGAGGCUUUACUCAUCCUAAAAAUUUACACAAGUCUUAAGUUAUUAAGUCUUACAAAAUGAGGUAAUUACAGAUUUGUUUAAUAAGCAGCCAGCAUGUUUUAUUGCCUUGGACCCCUUAUGUGACUUCAAUUUUAGCAAAUCUGUAUUCAUAUAUGGGACCUUUAAAAAGAUCACUGCCUCUGGUGUGUUCCUUGGUGCCUUCAUUUGAGUCGCUAAUGAUGCUGAGGAGCCCUGGUGACACAGUGGUUAAGAGCUCAGCUGCUGUCUGUCAUGGAUUGUGUCCCCCCAAAAUAUCUGUCAACUUGGCUGGGCCAUGAUU